AUGGAGCUAAAUGGUCAUACCCUAGAGCAGCUAAAAAUCAGUCUCCUUGCAACUCUUAACAGUUGGUUUAAGCAUACUGACAGGGAUAGCCUGAAAAACCUUCAAACAGUGGAAUGUUUUGACUAUAAAUACAUUGAAAAGAUACCAGAGGCGGAGCGCUACACCUUGAAGCUUACUGUCAAAUUAUUUGUGUGCAAUGUUGAGCCAGAAUUAAUGCGGCAGGCAGUUGACAGGGUUUGUUUGGAGCUGGGUGUUACAAAAAUAGACCUUUUGUUGCUGUCAAUGCCUGAGAAGCCAUUUGAAGAAGAUCUGACAAUCGAACACUUUAAACCGCUGUGGAUAAUGCUGGAAACAUUAGUGGAUGAAGGGAAAAUAGAGGCCUUAGGUGUCAGUGAUCUGGACAAAAUUAUGCUGGAACAACUGUUUAUAUGGUCAAAGGUGAAGCCAAGCAUCAAUCAAGUGAAUUUGCAAUCCUGCUGCGUUAUGCCGCCGGAGAUGACAGAGUUUGCCAAAGAAAAUGAGAUACAACUUCUGACACACUCGGAUCCAAAAGAAAUUCUUCCUCCUAAAGUAUUCCGAGAUGUGUUGAGUGAGACGUGCCAUCCGGAUGAUGGUGCCAACUGGUUUCCAUCAUGGAUUCUUCGAUAUUCAGUUCUCAUUAAACAACGUGGAAUCAUCAAGACCAAGGGAUACAUUGUAAAAUCACAGAGGUUGGGUCAGCAAGAGAUGUUUUAGGACACAGUUCAGAAAUCAACUUUAAGUCAAUCAUCUUUAUACGUGCAACUAAAUUGUUUUUUUAUUUUAAAGAUAAGUUUUAUAUCGAGAAUGUUGGCAACACGUCUUUUGUGGCAGUUCAAAAUAAUUUAUUUGACACUGAGGGUACUGUAAAUUCAUAUGACCUGAUUUCAAUUCUAAUUUUGGUAAUUGCUAUUUUUGAUAAUUUAAACACCUUUGGUCUUGUGAUGUGAACUACAUUUGUACAUAUGUGCUUGGGUCGUAUGUUCUCUAUGUUUUGCUGCAGCUCAGAUUUGUUGACUUUGUUACUGUGACUACAGUCUUCCUACUGUGUUGUUAAAUGUGACUAGACACGUGUACACAUCAGACAGCACAUCUCCACAAUGAAAUGAAGAAUUGGUAAUCCCACCUUAUUUAAAAAGUACAAAGUUCAUAAAUAGAAAGUUCCUCUGAUUUUCAUUGCCUUGCUGAGGUUUACACAUCUAGUGAAUGCUGAGAAUAUUAAUAAGAAAGUUGUUCCCAAGGAUACCACAAAAUAUGCCCUUAGACGAUAAACUAUUACAACUGUUGAUAAUUCCUCUGUACUGUAUUUGUGCAUAAUUUGUGACAUCUCCAUAGUAACCUCAUAGCAUUUCCUUUAUUGAACACCUACCUCAAAAUGUAAACAGAUUUUGUCAAAUUGUUGUUUAUCAUCUACAGUUCAUCAGUUUCGAAUUUACAAAUACCAUUAUACUUGCACAUUUUGUGUAUGCAUUUUCAAUAGAUUCAGACUUUUUUUUUUAUUUUUAGCAGUGAAUCAUUUUUUAAUCAGUUUAGUCUUUCUAUUAAUAACCAUAUAUUGUGACUGUGUGAUUAAUGUGUACAUGUAUAAAUGUUAUUCGAGUGAUUGAAAAUGACCCAUCAAAUAAAAACGAUUUUCAAAUAAGGUUACCCUUGAACAACAACAACAAUAUCUUAACAAUAUCCAAAUGAUUAAAACAAAUGCAUGUGCAGGAAUUGAGUCCUCAGCGACGAUAACAACACAGCAAAAUGCAAAGGUUCAUUUGUAGAUGCUUAUUUGUAAACAAUUACAUGCUACGGUUACUGUUUCAUGUACAGGUGGUGACUCCCAUGCUUUAAUUUGAAGUUGAUGUACUUGAAGCCGGACAUUGUUGUUACACAAACGUAAUUUCCCUGUGAUACAUUUGUCAUAUUCACUUCAUUUCACAAAUAUUGUCAAUUGCUUUGAAAAUUAACUUUGAAAUCAGGAAAAAAUCAUUUUAAUUUCGUGUAAUUUUAGUUCUAAAAAUCUGGAAAUGUUUCCCUCUUAAACGAACAUCAUUAAAUCUAUUAUAUAUUUUUAGCCCUGAAAAUUAAAAUUGUUUACAGUAUUCAGCAAAAAGGGAAAUUACUAAAAGUUUUCAUUUUCUGACUGUCAAAAAAUGAAUACAUGAAUGCAUUGUGCCUUCAAACCAUAUUUAAUAUUUUUCUUCUAUUAAAAAAAAUCUAAAAUCUAGAAAUGUUCCCCUGCUUGAACGAACACCAUUAAAUCUAUUAUAUAUUUUUAGCCCUAAAAAUUAGUUUACAGUAUUUAGCAAAAAGGGAAAUUACUAAAAGUUUUCAUUUUCUGACUGUCAAAAAAUGAAUACAUGAAUGCAUUGUGUCUUCAAACCACAUUUAAUAUUUUUCUUCUAUUAAAAAAAUAUAAUUUUAUUGAAUGAAUGCUCGAGCCAAAUUAAUUUUUAUUCUAUACACUUCACAUUUUCAAAGAGGGAUUUAUAUGCAGCUAAUAUACAUGUAUUAAUGGCUGCGGCUUGAAAAAUAAGUCUUUUUUUAAAUUUAAUUUGGGGGGGGGGGUAGAUUCUUGAGAUAAGGUAAUUAGAAAAUUAUACAUAUAUGUGUAGUAAUAUUAUAAAUGUAUAUUGUAAUUAAUUUGUAUGUUAGUUUUAUUGCAUAACCUGUGAAUCAGAACCACUACUUAUUAUGAGGGAAUGAAAUAAAUAGAUGUGUGUACAUAUAUAUACGUAAUAUGAUAGAAUGGGAAAAUUAGUGCAGUUCACUCAAAAUAUCUAAUCUACAUGACCGCAGAUUAAUGCCUGAAUGGUAUAUUCAUUUUCGGUGAAUAAGCUGAACAGAGAUAAAUUUCAAAUUAUCUUUUUACUACCUUGUGAUAUAUAUGGUUGCUCCACUUCUGGUCAUUAUGAAUAUGAAGAUAUUUUACCAAAUCAGCUUCAGUUUAGUAUCAAACGUGUUAGAUUCCUUCUUGUAGUCAUCCAAGUUGUAUGUCAAGAAUGGAAAGCUAUCUCGAAAAUAUGGCACAAUAUUUAAAGUAUUUAAAAAUUUCUUCAUAGUGUCAAACCCUGCUUUUUCAGUCAUUUUUAUUUAAAAAAUGAGCAAAAUGUUUACAAUUGAGGUUAGUAAUUCAUGCAACUAGUUUGGUUACCAAAAAUUUUAUUUCUUUAAAGGAACAAAUAACCAAUCACUAGGCAAUAACUGUUCGGCAUUUCCGGAAAUUCUCGUGUUAAGUGUGUCACUCCUUAAAGGGGCACUUCCAGUUAAGGCUAAUCUCACAACAAAUUUACUUUCUGGAUUGAAAUUACAAUGGAUAACAAAAGAUAGAUUAACUUUGUAAACAACAUAAACAAUAGUGUCCCAUGAUUCUUUGGUGCAAUCCAUGGGAUUGAGCGGCUCCCCUUUAAAUAAUGAAACCUUACUGUUUUAUAUGACUUGUUAAAGCAAGACAAAAUAGAAAUCUUCAUAUUUUUUUGCAUCUAUUCAUAAGAAUCUAUUAUGUAUAUCUGCAUGUUUUUAAUUCAUUUGACCAAUAUGUGGUUCCAAUUGUCAUUACCUUAAGCCAAUUGGAUAUUAAGUCAGCUGUAUAAAACUUGUAAAUAAAUGGAGUUAUGUAUUAUACCCCAUUUAAUCUGAAUAUUUUGUGAUAGAUUUUUAUUUUGUAGUAUAAUCCUCCUGUUGUAAUUGCACUAUUGUACAGGAUUCUGUCAAAAUAAAUAUUUCCUAAAA